GAGCGAUGGAAAGCGAGAGAGGACACAGCAAGCAAGCACAGAUAAACUACAAACAGAUGUUUUAAUUGUAUAGAUACAUAUAUAGAAUAGCAAAAAGAUAAAAAUAUAAAAAUAAAAUAAAAAUGAAGUAGAAUUUGAACAAGGAGAAAUAUUUGUUGCUCUCUAUAUAGUCUUUACUAGGCGCUUCAAGUCAAAGAAAACUUCCCUUUCUACCAAGGAAACGAAAAAUUAACUCGUCGAAUUUGUUUAUUUAUUUUUGCUUUUUGGUUAGAUAGCGAUCCCAGAAUCGGAUGAUAUAUCUGAUCGUCGGUGGAGAUCGGCGAUGCUCGUCGGUGGCGGACGAGGAAGGCAGUGGUGAUGGUGGUGGACUAGCAGAGGAGUCAAUUAGCGAGUCCGUGGUAGUUGAGAAAAGUUUUCAAGGUGGAGGAUGAAGAAAGGAAAGAGUAAGAAUAAUGGCUUGUUGCCUAAUUCCUUGAGGAUAAUCUCUUCUUGCCUCAAAACUGUGUCUACUAAUGCUAGCACUGUCGCUUCUACUGUUCGCUCUGCUGGCGCUUCGGUUGCUGCUUCGAUUUCAACUUCUACUGAGGAUCACAAAGAUCAGGUAACCUGGGCUGGCUUUGACAGGUUGGAGCUAGGUCCAUCUGUUUUCAAGCAUGUUCUCUUACUUGGUUAUCAGAAUGGCUUUCAAGUCCUUGACGUGGAGGAUGCUUCUAAUUUUAGUGAACUGGUUUCAAAGCGUGGUGUUCCAGUUUCAUUUUUACAGAUGCAGCCCUUCCCAUCAAAGUCUGAUGGCCCUGAAGGAUUCAGAUCUUCACAUCCUUUAAUAUUGGUUGUCGCGGGGGAUGAUUCCAACAGUUUAAGCACAGGUCAAAAUCAGGGUCGUCCUGGUGGGUUAGGAAGAGAGAAUAAUACUGAGUCUCAGUUUGGAAGCUAUAUCAAUUCUUCCACAUCUGUUCGGUUUUACUCCCUUAAAUCUCACAGUUAUGUGCAUAUUCUGAGAUUUCGCUCAGCUGUGUGUGUGGUUCGAUGCAGCCCUCGGAUUGUAGCCGUUGGCCUUGCAACUCAAAUAUAUUGUAUUGAUCCUGUCACUCUUGAGAGUAAAUUCAGUGUUCUUACCUAUCCUGUUCCCCAGUUGGCUGGACAAGGAAGAGUUGGAGUCAAUGUAGGUUAUGGUCCACUGGCUGUGGGUCCAAGGUGGUUAGCUUAUGCUUCAAACAAUCCGCUUGUGUCAAACACUACCCGCUUAAGCCCACAAAAUUUAUCUCCUUCUCCAGGUGUUAGUCCAUCAACAUCCCCGAGUGGUAGCAGUUUGGUGGCUCGUUAUGCAAUGGAAUCUAGUAAACAGCUUGCUGCUGGAAUAAUCAAUCUGGGGGACAUGGGAUACAAAACAUUGUCUAAAUACUGUCAGGAGCUACUUCCUGAUGGGUCUAAUUCUCCAGUAUCAUCAAGUUCUGGCUGGAAAGUUGGUAGGCUUGCAGGAUCAGAUAUCGAUAAUAAUGCAGGGAUGGUUGUUAUAAAGGAUUUUGUUUCCCGAGCUGUUAUAUCUCAAUUUAAAGCUCAUACCAGUCCAAUAUCUGCACUAGGUUUUGACCCUAGUGGGACCUUGCUGGUCACUGCUUCAGUGUAUGGGAAUAACAUAAAUAUCUUUAGGAUUAUGCCAUCCUGCUCAAGGAGUGGAUCAGGUGUUCAAAACUAUGACUGGAGCUCUUCUCAUGUGCAUCUUUACAAGUUACAUCGUGGAUUAACAUCAGCUAUGAUCCAGGAUAUAUGCUUUAGUCAGUAUAGUCAGUGGAUUGCAAUUGUUUCAUCCAAGGGGACCUGCCAUAUCUUCACUUUGUCUCCUUUUGGUGGUGAUUCUGGGUUUCAAUCUCUCAAUGCUAUGGAUGAAGAACCUUCUGUAUAUCCAGUUCUGUCUUUACCAUGGUGGUCCACGUCAUCCUGCAUGAUUAAUCAGCAUUCUUCUCCUCCUCCACCACCUGUCUCGCUUUCUGUAGUGAGCAGAAUAAAAUAUAGUAGUUUUGGGUGGCUUAAUACUGUUGGCAGUGCUACUGGAUCUGCAGCAGGAAAGGUUUUUGUACCAUCUGGUGCAGUUGCUGCUAUUUUCCAUAAUUCUAUAUCUCCAAAUGUUCAGCAUCUUAACUCAAGUCCCAGUUCGUUGGAGCAUGUGUUAGUUUACACUCCAUCUGGUCAUGUUGUCCAACAUGAGCUUCUUCCAUCUAUUGGAUUAGAACCAGGUGAAACUGGUGCAAGAACUCGACCAGCUUCAUUUGUGCAUAUACAAGAGGAUGACUUGAAGGUGAAAGUUGAACCUGUUCAGUGGUGGGAUGUAUGUAGAAGAUCAGAUUGGCCAGAAAGAGAGGAAGUCAUUUUGGGGGGUACCAGUGGACAAGAUGCUUUUGAAACAAUGCAAAAAACAGAAGGUUCUGAGGACAAUUUUAGCAUGGAUUUUCUGGACAUCAAUGGUGAUAUCAGUGAAAAAAAACCAGAAAAUACAUAUUCUGUGAAACCUCAUGAUGGAUCUCAUUGGUACAUUUCCAAUGCAGAGGUUCAUUUAAGCUUUCUGAGGUUCCCAAUAUGGCAAGAGUCUAAGAUUUGCUUCUAUGUGAUGGAUUGUCCGAGAACUCAUAGCUAUGGUGAUGGAGAGUUGGAAAUUGAAAAGGUUCCCAUCCAUGAAGUUGAAUUGAAGCGGAAAGAAUUAUUGCCAGUUUUUAAUCAUUUUCAUAGCAUCAAAUCAGUGUGGAAUGACAGAGGCCUCACUGGAGCGAGAUAUAUGCAUUCACCAUCAUCAGAGCCUCAUCAUGUUGAAGGCAAGAUCACACAGGAGACUGUUAUUUGUCACUCAAAGCCAGCAUCACUUAGCUCAACUGAAAGCUCAGAAUGUGGUUCAUCAAGAAGAAUUGAACAUCUGCUAGAUUUGGAUCAAAUAAAUUGUGAGAAAUCUUACAUUCCCACUUGCCAGAAUCUGAAUGACUACUACCAGUGCCAGGAAAGAAGAGGGGGCACGACUAUCGAUUCUGGUGCACUGAAUAAGAACUCAACCACUGUACCUCUUGCACCUGAGCACCCAAAAAAAGUAGAUGCUCGACUUAAAAAUUGUAUGGAAAAUGGUUUGCCCUCAUCAGCAAAUUACAUGCCUCCUGCUGGAAGAAUCUUUACUGGAGAAGCUCCAAAUUUGAAUGUCAAUAAGAAUGGCAAUCUUUCAGGGUUAGCUGCACGUGGUUAUGAUUCGCAUAUGAAUAUCCUUGUGGGAGAGCCUACUCUUCCAACGGCAGAAAAUCCUUCAGAUUUUGGACUGACUUUUCUUGAGGGGCAUUGUGAGGCAUCGAAUCAUGAUGGAUGCUCAACCGAGGUUGUAAACGAUGAUGUCGGCAGCAGCAGUAGCCACUAUGAGAAGGAAAAACCUGAAGAGGACGGGGAGAAUGAGGAAUUUCUUGGUGGCAUGUUUGCCUUUUCUGAAGAAGGUUGAUCUCUUGAACUUUCUGUAAAAGUGAACAAUAGUUUGUUGGUGGCAUUAGCAGGUCAGCACAAUCAAAAUGUUAUCUGUUGACAAUGAAAGUGCAAUUGUGGUGUGAAUAAGAUGGGUGGCUAAUGAACAACGGUAUUGCUAAUGUUUAUAAUCUUUUCUCUCCUCACCUGUGUAUAUUCUGUAAAUGAAAUUUCUUAAAUUAUUCUGUAAAUGAAAAUUCUUAAAUUCAUGGAGAGUACUACUUGCGGGGAUUGGGUUUAGAUUCCGACUUGGAACCUUCUGUUAACCGUCUGUACAUAUGAAACUAGGCAUGAACUAGUUCUCUCCAAGUUGUAUAACUGUAUAAUUUUUCGUUGUUGCAAACAGAGGAGAGGAAAACCCAAAAAAAAAAAAAAAAAAAAAAAAAAAAAAAAUAAA